AUGGCGAGCAAGGUAGACCGCAUCGUGGCUCGGCUACAGCAAAAGAUUGCCGAUGGCGACUACUACGAGGCGCAGCAGCAGACCCGCGUCGCGGCGUCCCGCCACAUCAAGACGCAGAACUGGCCCGCCGCCAUCGAUAUCCUCUCGAGCGUCGCCCAGUCGCUCCUCAAGGCCGGCCAAGGCGGCAGCGGUGGCGACCUGUGCAACAUGCUGGUGGACGUCUACAAGCAGGCCGAGCUCAAGCCUGACGCGACGACAAAGGGCCGUUUGCUGACGGCGCUGCGGCUAUUCGACGGCGAGGAGCCCACGCGCAAGAAGUUUAUCACAGGAAUGCUAGCGUAUGUUGUCAAGCUACGAGUUUUUAAACGAAUUGGUGUUUUCUCGAUGCUAAUAAAAUAUACAUCUAGAUGGUCGGCCAAGUUUGGCGAGUUCCCCGCCGGCGACCCCGAGCUGCACCAUGUCGCCGGUUCCCUCUACGCCGCCGAGCACGAAACGUACGAGGCCGAAAAGCACCUGCUGCUCGGCACGCGCGACUCAGCCGAGGUGCUCUUCAAGAUGGAGUACGCCUGGUACAAGGAGUCGGACGCGCCGCACACGGCACCGCUCUUCGCCGCCCGCGCUGUCCUGCCGUACCUGCUCGUCGGCAACGUGCGCGCCGCCAACGCCUGCUACCGGCUCUUUGCCAGCGCGCUGAGCGCCGACCACCCGGGGCUAGGUGUGCAGGACGUGGCGACCGCGUCGUCGGAUGUGCGCGUGUUUCCGAGCCUACCGCUGCUCAACUUUCUAGGCCUACUACUACUGGCGGUGCAGCGCGGCGCGCCCGAGGUUUACCGCGGUCUCGUGCACAAGUACGCGGCGCAGAUUGACGAGGCCGGCACCUGGGCCGAGGCGCUCGAGAUGGUGGCGGAAAUGUACUUUGGCAUCCAGAAGCCGCGCCAGAGCAACCCGCUCAUGGACAUGAUGAGUGGCCUGUUUGGAGGCGGCGGCGCAGGCGGCGCGGGCGGACAGCCGCAGCAGCAGAGGAGGCUGGGGUUAGGUGCGCCCGCAGCUGAGGCGCUGGACUAG